AUGCCUCGCAAGGUAAACUUCAGCGUAGUGCAAGUGAGCGGCGAAGACGAGAACUUCCAGGCGGUCGAACUGAACUUGCACGGACCGACCGUCAAGGGCUGGCUCUCGAAAAAGUACUCGACCUAUCCCCAAGAAAUCGUCAUUCAACUCGAGACAAAGUGCAGGAUAUGUCGGAUACAAAUUUUAUCGCACCAAUACUGCAUCGCCACGACGAUAGACAUUUACGUGGGCAACGUCCCCAAGGGCCUGGAAGUGGCGCCAUACAACGCACGCUGGAUUCAUUUAGGGGAAGUCUCCUUGGCGGACAACGUGCACUCCGAGUACAAGUCCCGGGAACUCAAGUCCGUUCUCGUGGACGCCAUUGGGGACCUCGUCAGAUUUCGCAUUCACGCAAAUCACGUCAACAAGUACAACGUAUACAACCAGGUAGGGAUCGUUGCAUUGAACGUCAUCGGCGACGACGUGGUACUAGACGGUUCCGGUGAAGAUGAGAAGACCACGUGGCAGACCAUCAUCAAACGGAACGAGGAAAUCUCUCCGAUGGACGACUUGGCAUUCGAUAUGUACGUGGACACCGAAGUGGCGCAGAUCUUACGCAAGCUGGAAGCGAAGAAACGAGACGCCAUCGCCGAGGAGAGAUUCGUAUUCGCCAAGAAGUUAAAAUAUGCAGUCGUGGAACUACAGAAGGUGGGCGAGAAGCUGGGCAAAAUGGUGAUCGAGAAGCAGAUGGCGGUCGAGAUGGAAGACUUCGACAAGGCGCGCCAAAAGAAGCAGCACAUCGAGGAGUACCGACUCAACGCCUACGAGCACCUCCGACUGCCAGAGCUCAUGGAGAUGGAGGGCUACAAUCCGGAGCGUGACUCGGCACUUCCAGGUCCUGUGCCGUCUCCCGAGAAGCCCAACAAGCAAGGCCUGCACGUCACCAUGGACACCGGGCCCCCUCAGCAGGAGCCCCAGCGAAAUCCCCAGGCCGAGCCCAUCAGCUCGCAGCAGCUUCAGCCUCAGCUGUCUCUGCCACGUCAUCAAGCCCCGAAACCGCAGAAGAACCCGUACCUGGCUCUCGAGAACAGAGUGGUCGUCGGCUCUAGAAGAGUCGAAAACGAAGACGACGGCAAGGAGCUGGUUUUGGGUCGAAUGUCUCUGAAGGACCGUCAAGAAGCUGCCCUUCCGAUUGAAGUCUUUGGACUACGGCUGGUGCAAAAACUGUACUCCAAGAACUUCAUUCAGCGCGAGGAGGCCUUCAAAGAAAUGCAGCGGUUUCUGGAGCGGUACAACUCGCGCCGGAGCCGGCACUCGCCCGAAGACGUGCUCAAGGCCGUCACCUUUCUUCUCCAGAGAGGGGUCCGAGACAAGGUGCUCUCGGUAUUCAUACAAGCCUUGAAUACGAUGCAGAUACUCUUCACGCGGUUCACGAUCGUCCAGCGAAUAUCGAAAGGUGACGUGACCGUGGCCGUGAAUAAAACAGUUCCCAGGAUACUCUACCGGACCGGCGAUACAGCUCCUCGGGUGAAAACUGUGGCAACCGAUUUUCUUCUGGAGAUGGGAGACUACGAAGAUGUCAAGGCGGUGCAGGCGAUGUUGCACAUCAUUCUGCGGCCCUUUUCCGAGUCGACAAACCCGAGGCUUGCCCAGGGCCGAUGCGAACUCGUCGAACAACUGGUGGCCCGCUUCCCGCCGCUCAGUCAGAGCGACCCGUUGUUCGAGCACAUGAUGGCGUUCGCCAUCCGGGCCCUGUCGCACCCGUCGCUCCAGGUGCGCGAGGUGGCCGAGCAGAUCCUGCUGUCGCUGUAUCGCCUGCUGGGCACUCCCGUGCGCCAGUGCCUCGUGCCGGAAUCCACCAAGACCACCAGAAACUUUACCUACAAGAAGGUCUUCGAGGAGUUCGAGAAGAUCGACAAAGAGCCCACCAGUGCCCAGCGCCAACCUCGGCGGCAACGUUCUGCGUCUGCCGACAGCCCCAGUUCCGGUUCCGGUCGUCGGGACUUCGUCAAGGAGCUGGCCGCUCCUUCGAGUCGAUCCCUGCAAGAGCUUCCCAAGCUGUCCUCCCAGCAGGAAGGCGCCGGCGGGGGAGCCGCAUUUAAUCUGGACAAGAUGUGCAUGUUCUGCGAGGAGACCAACGACAAGUUCAACGCCGAGACGCUCAACUACCACUACUGGACCGAGUGCCCCAUGCUCAUGCUCUGCUACAACUGCAAACAGGUGGUGGAGAUCUCCGGCCUGACACGACACCUCCUGGAGGAAUGCGUGUCCCGUACCCAGUACCGCCUCUGCAUCCGCUGCAAGGAGGCCAUCGCCAAGACGCGCUUCGACGGACACGUCAAGCUCAAGACCUGCGUUCCGGCCAAGCCACCCCACCAGGCGAACCACUGCCCGCUGUGCCACCAGAACUUCGCCCCGGGGGACGACGCGUGGAAGGUGCACCUGAUGAGCGAAGUGGGCUGCGCAUUCAACCCGAGGCGCCGACACAAGUUCUUCCGAUGGAGAUCCGGGUCUGUUUGGGAGCCGGACUACAGUGUGGCCGUCCCGGACACGAUGGCCGGAAAACUCAAGAUCCUGGGCGCCCUGCCUCCGGAGUACCGCCAGUACACCCUGCACCACUCGCGCAGCAAGUCUGAGCCGGCUCCGGCGAAACGAAAUUCGGGAACGCAAACAAAUGACGAAGACGAAGACUCGGCCUCUGCCAUCAAGCCGCAGUGA